AUGACACCUGUCAAAUAUGAUGCUGAAAAGAUAAUGCAAACAUUUAUAUGGACUGCGCUUCUUCUUCUAACAUGUUCUAUUUUCUCAACUUUCUCCGCAUAUUUCUUUUCAAUUUUAAUUAGACAAAUUAUUGGCACUUUUGUGGCUACUAUUUGUGCUUAUGUCCUUUUACCACUGAUAACAUGUCAUUACAUCAAUAAAUUAUCAGUUAGAAAAUAUGCAUGGAAUGAUAUGAUACUACGACAUGCGCUACUAACACUCUCUAUGGUUGAAGGUUUAUUAACAGGUUAUAUACUCUCAAAUCGUAUACUUCAUAAUUUAUCUCCAUUUGCCGCUUUAACACCAUUUUUUAUUGGUAUUAUUGCGCCAUUACUUCAUUCAGCAAGGCAAAAUGAACGUUCAUUGUUAAUUUUAAUAACAAUUAUUGGCAGUUUUACCUGUCACAUAGCAAUUGGAAUAUUAUUUGGUUUAACUUUCCCUUACAUACUUUUAACAGUUUUUUAUACAAUGAUUAGCUUUAUUACAUUACAAUUAUUAAUUGCAAAUAAUGAUGGAACUAUGGUAUUCACGCAUAUCUAUCAAUUUGCCAUUCUAUAUUUUUCAUUACUAGCCGAAUCUUUUGUUUACAAAUUAUUUGGCACAAAAUCAUAG